AUGAGACUUCCUUUACAGAUUCUUCGUCCUAAUCUCGAUGACGGAUCAUUAAUUGUUCAAACGAAAAUCAAAACAUUGGGAUACAUUGCGAAAGAAAACCAAGAAGAAUACGUCAAAAUAUUAUUUGACAGUCUUAACGAGAAUAACGAUGAUAGACAAGCAUCAUGUUGUGCAUCUCUUUCAUUAUGUAUCAAUAAACUCGAGUCAAAUUUGGAAUUAAGUCAAUUAUUUGCACAACUUGUUUUAACGAAACAAACAUCAUGGUUUAAAUCAUUAAAUGUAUUGAAUCUUCUUUCUGAAACGAAUGCAAACACUGUAGAGAAACUUGUAGGAAUAAAUGGAAUUAAGAAAGUCAUAGGAAUAUUAUAUGAUUUAAGUUUCAACCAGAAUGACAAAGUUUAUCAACUUUCUCCAAAUGUUUUGAGCAAAUUUAUUAGACCUAAAGAUUAUUCAUUUGUUUUAAUGAAAAUUGCAAAUAACAUUGAUUAUUUCGAUCUCGAUUCUUUCCGCCGCUCAAUUAAUUUAUUGACAAUCAUUGUUAGAGAUCAUCAACAAGACAUUGAUUUGAAGUUUUUCGACUUUUUAAUUGUUUCUAUUGUUGAAGGUUUAGAUUAUUUCAAAGAAGAUCUUAAUUUAAUAUCAAACAUCUUUAUGUUCUUAAGUUACUUUGAUUUGUCUUUCUUAAGUAGUUCUCAGUCAAGUUCAUUAGCUCUUUUCGCUUUGGAUAUUGCUGCCGCAGAAUUACAUUUGAUUAAUGGUCAAAAACCUGAUUUCGGAAAUUCUUCAACUGUUUCUGAAUUAAUUAAUAUUCUUGAUAGCGAUCUUCAAUCAAAGAACUUCGAUAUCAUCUCUGGACAAGAUACAGACCAUGAAUCUUAUUUAAGCAGUUUGUUUUCUGUUGUUAAACUCUUUAAUUCACUUCCAAAUGAUUGUUGCUAUCUUCCUAGCCAACUUAAUCUUGCAAAUGCAUUAAUUAAGAUCUUUCCUCAUGAAUCAGCUCGUCUUUACGAGAAAUUAUGGAAAUCAAUGACAGAAAACGAACAAUCAACAAUCUUGUCAACAAUUUCCCCCUGUCUUGCAACAAUGAAAGAUUUUGGAGCCAUUGCAAUUUGGGCUUAUCUUUUGUUGACAAAAUUACCAGAUUCUGCUUCACGUUUUAUUCAAGCACGUGAUGUAAUUCAUAAGCUUUCAUACUACGCACUUCAACAUUUGGAAGUUGUUCCUGAUGGUGUUUUGUUUGUUUUCGUAAGAUACGAAGCAACUGUUGUCGCAGAAAUUUCGACAAUUACUCCUUUAAUUUGGCAAAUUCCUGAAAACAGAAGGAAUAGAAUGCUAAACAAACUGUUGAAAGACCAUCCUGAUGCUUAUAGGAGAUUAAUGGGUGAUCAGCCACCUCCUUAUAUUGCUGAGGAAAUCAAAUCUGUUUCGGAUAAUCCUGUUUUGAAUGUUGAAUACAAUGUUAACAUGAGUAAUGAUUUUACAAGUGAUUUGACAUCACCUCACAUCAUUACACAAUUACGGAGUAAUUUAUAUGAGUUCCAAAAAGAUGUUUUACAAUCACUUGCAUUAACAUAUUGUCGUUUUAGUAAUAAUGUUGGAUUACGUGCACUUUUGAAUUACGCAACUAAAUCCAAAGUUAAUUUAGACUUUAAUCCACAUUAUAUUCCACAUUCUCUUCUUCCUAUGGUUAUACAAUAUAUCCGUAUCAUUAAAGAUCCAUUUGGACCAUCAUUUGUUUCGGAAUGUUUGAAACUAUCACAUUCCAAAGAAGUUUGUAUUACAUCUGCAACAGUUAUUCCACAAACAUUCAUUAAUUGUGUUUCUGGAGAUAGAAUCACUAAGAAAGGAAUCACAAAAGUUUUAUAUGCGAUUUCUAAAGUUGCUCUUCCAAAAGAAAGUGUUUUUGAAUUUGUUAUUAAGUGUUUGGAUCCAAACACACCUCCUAAACGAUAUCUAACAUCUUUGACACUUGCAACAGUUGCUUGUUCAUUAAUACCAAAAAUAGAAGGAAGCUGGAUUGAUCAAAUCAUUUCCAAACUGAAAACAAAUGAAAAUGAAAUUAAUUUGUCAGUUUUAACUCGUUUCGUUUAUUCCGCUGUUUCAAAAGUUCCAACAAACAGUUCGUUGAACGAAUUCCUUCGAACAAAAAUUUGUGAAAACGUCGGUAAGAACACACUCGAAAGCUGUAUCUCGUCAUUGAGUCUUUUAUGUAUCGAAACAAACCAAAAGUCAUUGGAAAAAAUUUAUGACAACACACAGAAUUAUUUGACAGGAAUUACUCCUUCACUUUUCUCUACCGGUGUCAAAUUUUUGAACAUGAUCUUAACGAAAUCGAAAGAUUCUAGUCUUGAUAGUUUGAUGAAGAACAACAAGCUGAAUCAAGUCAUGCAAAGAGUCAGUGAAUUUGACAAGAUUCCAUUCAUCCACGAAAAUGUUGUUUUGUUUUAUUCUAAUAUCAUGACAAGACAAACAUUGUCAAGUUACCAGAAACUCCUUAUUAAAUCAUUCGAUCAAAUCAUCCCAGUUCCUUCUUCACCUUCAUUCCCAGCGAUGUCCGUUUUGAUUCCGAAAUUGAUUGCUGGCGGUGACCAGGAAAUACAAAAGAAAUGUUUGACAUUUUCAGAAAAAUUGAUGACGAAACCUGCAUCUCUUUUCUUGAUGCGAUGCCAGAUCCAAAUCAUCAGAGAGAUUGCAACUAAAAUGUCAACAUACGAAACAUUUAUUUUAGACAGGUCUACAGAAUUUCUUUACAAAGCACACAAAAUCGAUGGACCUUCUAUGGCAGAUAUUUUGUAUGAAUAUAUUUCAUUUAUUACUGAAUCAUUAGGUUUCAGUGAUGGUGUCCAGUUUGUAGUUUUGCAGUUCCACAAGUAUAUUCCUCGCUUUAUCUCAUUGUUUGUUGCUCUUGCAAGGUUGUACAGCCGCGUUGACGAAGAAAAGAAGAAACACAUUUUAUCACUUCUUCCGAAUGUUCUUUUCGUCAAUGCGCAUAAAGUAGCUAUUGAGUGCAUUGGAAAUAAACAUAAGAUGGCAGAAGCCCUUAAGUUGGCAUGUUAUGAAGAGGAUUGUGCAGAAAGUAACGAAAUCAUUGGAAGAAUUCGUAAAAUGUAA